AUAAUUAUACAAAUAACUCCAAACAUAACCAUCACCAACUCUAAAAAACCUUCACUUCACUUGAUACUAAUCACUCCCCCACCCACCUUUUCUCUCCGACUUGCAAACCGAGCGAUUAAUGCCGCCGCCGGCUUCACUUCUCGCCGGCGCCGUCACCAAGUCGAUGAAGGCGCCGGCGACUACAACGGAAUUGUUUAAUGAAACUUGGAAAAAAGUGGUCUUACUCAUCAACCCUUCGAAAAUUCCUCUUUGUUUUCAUUUACCCAGUUCUUUUCUUCCCAAACCCACUCUUAUUUUUUGUUUUUCUUCCUCUAUUGAAACUUCCAAUGUAGAGGUUGAUUUGUUCGUCGUGCCAACUGGGCAGUUGGGCAUUCUUCUAGGGCACACAGCAACCAUGACAGAACUGAAUUGUGUCGGUGAUGGCUGCAUCUUCAACCAUCCAAACUCGGUUGUAGACACAGUAACAGUCGAGGUUGUUCCUAUCGUUAGAAUCUAUCCAGACUUGGUUCAAAAGGGGCUUGCCGAAUUUCACACAAGUCGAGUUCAGCUACUACUGAUUGUAUUCGAUUCCACAAUGCCCUGCAGUCUGCUCUUGCAAGUUAAUGCCGAAAAACUAGUAUGAUCCUUCCUAGGCCUUUAGUCUUCCUCAUUGUGUGACAAAGUGUAUUGGAACUGUAAUCUCGUUGGCCUUAACUAGAAAUUGCGAUUUUUUCUUGUAUUUUUAACAUGCACAACUUAAGAGUCAAUCAAAAACACCACCUUUGUUAUUGUAAGGACAACAUUGCGUAUAUUCAACCCUUUAAACCUUGCAUAGGCAUAUUGUUGUGUUAGCGUGCGCUAUGCCGCAAUCAAUCGGUCAAUGAAGUUAGGUUUCUCGA